AUGGAACAAAAGACCAAAGUUUUGAUCAUUGGAGCUGGCCCUUCUGGCCUAGCUACUUCAACCUGCCUGAAUCUGCAAGGAAUCGACAACAUUGUUCUCGAAAGAGAAGAUUGUUGCGCUUCCUCGUGGAAGAAAAGGGCUUAUGAUCGUCUUAAACUUCACUUGGCAAAAGAAUUUUGCCAACUUCCUCACUUACCAUUUCCUUCCGAUGGACCGACUUUUGUCCCAAAAAACGAUUUUAUUGACUAUUUGGAUUAUUACGCAUUCAAUUUUUGUAUAAGUCUUCUAUGUUAUAGGAUUGUGCAGUCAGCCACAUUUGACGUUUCAUCUAAUUCAUGGCUUGUUGAGGCCAAAAACACUCUCAAUGGCUCAACAGAAACUUACGUUUCUCGGUUUCUUGUUGUUGCGACUGGAGAGAACAGUGUAGAAUUUAUACCUCAAAUCUGUGGCCUUGAUUCCUUUGCUGGAGUCACAUUGCAUUCUAGCAAUUAUAAAAAUGGCCAAAAUUUUUCCGAUAAAAAUGUCUUGGUCGUUGGAUGUGGGAAUUCAGGGAUGGAGAUUGCUUAUGAUUUAGCCGAUUGGGGAGCUCAAACGUCAAUUAUCAUUCGUAAUUCGGUACAUAUUCUAACGAAGGAAAUGGUGCAAUUGGGAAUGAAUUUAUUAAAGAUGUUUCCUGUUUGGCUUGUGGACUACAUCGUUGCCAAGCUUAGCAAAAUGUGGUAUGGAGAUCUUAAUAAUUAUGGGAUUCAAACACCAAGCAAAGGACCUUUUUUAAUGAAGAGUUUAACAGGCCGAUCACCUGUGAUUGAUGUUGGGACAAUUCACAAAAUUAAAAACGAAGAAAUUAAGGUUUUCCCAGGUAUAAAACAGAUAGAUGGGCAUAAUGUUGAAUUUGUUAAUGGUACGAGGAAGAAGUUUGAAGCCAUUGUCUUUGCUACUGGCUAUAGGAGUACAGUACGAAGAUGGUUGAAGGAUGAAGGGAGAUUGUUCAAUGAAUUCGGGAUGCCGAAGAAGAAGAAACCAGAUCACUGGAAGGGUGAAGAUGGAAUUUAUUGUGCAGGAUUUUCAAGUUCUGGUUUAUUUGGUUUAUCAAAAGAUGCUAUGAUGAUAGCCGAAGAUAUCCACACCCUUUUAAAUUUUGAGAAUGGAGAGGAGACGAGGAAUGGUGUUUCAACAAGCAAAAAUUAUCAAGAAAAUGCAUAAGCCAUAGUUUCUGAUUAUCCUUUUUCCCAGGAACAAAAAUUCAUAAGAUUUUCAUUUUAUUUUUUAAAAUUGUUUCCC